AUCUGGAUGCAGUUAUAAAGACACCCCUUCUACUCUUAUCCCUGUCGGCUCUUGAAGAUAUCAAGCCCAGAUCUUUAUCUGAGGCAUAUCUCGCGAGCGAGGUAGCCCACCAAAACCGAGUCGAGAAGCCCUACAACUCACCCAAGAGCUCGAGGACCACAUCAGCCAGGCUUUAUAUCACAUCUACUUCAGGAUGGACCGCGAAAACAAAAAGCGCAAGUGGGAAGGAAAUGACGACGGUCCAAGUGCCUGUCCACAGCCUCCUGCCAGCGAGGAUGCCGCGCAGGAGCCUAGCGGGACCAAGGGCGACGACCGGAUCGCGCCGAAAUCUCAGUCGCGCGACGACACCUACUACAAAAACCUUUAUGCAUUCGAGGUGAACUUUGAUCAAUUGGCCGUCGAGGACUCGGCCUUUGCCGCCGUACUCAAGAAACCCGGCCAGCUUGACUUCACGGAUCCUGUCUCGGUUGUGCAGCUCACCAAGUCAACCCUCAAGCGAGAUUUUGGGUUGCACAUCGAACUGCCUGCCGACCGUCUUUGCCCUCCGGUCCACAACCGCCACAACUACAUCCUCUGGCUUAAGGAGCUAUUAGACUCGUCGUCGUAUGACAAGCCAGGUGGAAGGCUGUCCGGACUAGACAUUGGCACCGGCGCUAGCUGCAUCUAUCCCCUGCUCGGAUGUACCCAACGGCCCUGGGAGUUUAUCGCAACAGACCUGGACGAGAAGAGCCUCGCGUGGGCCGCCGAGAACGUCAAGCGCAACGGCCUAGAGCACCGCAUCCGGCUCGUCCGGCGGCACCGACCCACGGACCCGCUCAUCCCGCUCGACGAGCUCGGCGUGGACGCGGUCGACUUCGUCAUGACGAACCCACCCUUUUACGAGUCCCCCGACGAGCUCCGACACCUGGCAGGCAACAAGGCGCGCCCGCCGCCCUCGGCCUGCACGGGCGCGCCCGUCGAGAUGGUCUGCGACGGCGGCGAGGUCGGGUUCGUGGGCCGCAUGCUCGACGAGUCGCUGGCGCUGCGCGGCCGCGCGCGCUGGUACACGGCCAUGCUGGGCAAGCUGUCGAGCCUCGAGGUCCUGGUGGGCCGCCUGCGCGGCGGCGCGGGGGUGGCGGCGGCGCGCGGCGGCAACUACGCCGUCGCCGAGUUCGUCCAGGGCGCCCGCACGCGGCGCUGGGCCGUCGCCUGGACCUUCGGUCCCAUGCGGCCGUCGCAGGCGGCCGCGCGCGGCAGCGUGGCGGAGCUCAAGUGGAACAAGGUGCCGCUGCCGGUCGAGGUCGAGGCCGAGGUCGCGGCCGUCGCGGUGGGUGACGCCGGCGCCGCGGCCGAGUUCCUGGACGGGCUCAUGCGGUCGCUGGACCUCGAGAGCUGGGACUGGGACGGCCGCGCGCUCAGGGGCGUGGGCCGCACGAGGCAGAACGUCUGGUCGCGCCUGUGGAGGAGGAAGCAGGCGCGCAAGAUGGCCGGCAAGCUGACGGACGCCGACGUCGCCGACGCCGACGCCGGCAAGGAAGCGGAGCUGCCCAUGUUUGGGUUCGAGGUCUCCGUCGUCGUGGGCCUGGGUGGGGGAUUCGUCCUGUGCAGGUGGCGUGAGGGCCACGACCAGGGCAUUUUUACGAGCAUCUGUGGGUUCCUCAAGACAAAGCUAGAGGGUAUCGGCAAGGGGGCCGGUGUGGUUUCUUGAGAAUUCGGCGAGACGCCCGGCUUUGCGUC